GCAGUGACGCUGUAGCACGACAGACGAUGGUCAUCAAUAGUGAUUACGGUUACGACAAUUUGUCAACCGGUGAUUUAUUAUCGAUAUUUCAAUAGCAAUUAAUUCAGGAGUAUUGUUAAUAAUUGACGAAGCGAGAUGAACGCACCUCCGACCUUCGAGUCAUUCUUAUUAUACGAGGGAGAGAAAAAGAUUAUAAAGGAACAGGACACCAAAGUACCAAAUGCUGCGAUCUUUACGAUUAACAAGGAGGAUCACACAUUGGGAAACAUGAUCCGCAAUCAGUUACUGAAGGAUCCUCAAGUAUUAUUCGCUGGCUACAAAGUUCCUCAUCCCCUGGAACACAAGUUUGUCAUUAGAAUACAAACAACUUCUGAUUAUACUCCACAUGAAGCAUUCAUGCAUGCCAUCACCGAUUUGAUCGCAGAACUCUCGUUGUUCGAAGAACGUUUUAAGGAAGCGAUAAAAGAGAAGAAAGAAGGCUUGGAUUAAACUGAGUACAUUUUAUAGUUAUAUUUUUUUAUAUCUAGAUUUUGAUUUAGUUUAUUAAAGUGUAUUGGAUAUCACAGAUAUAUAACAAAUACAAUCGUGUAAAUAAUUAUGUUAUAAAGGAUUGGAUUGAAUCAAAGCAGAAUGUUAAAGAGACUGGGAAUAAUUAGCUUAAACAUGCUCGACUAUUCUAUACGUCUUAUAUUUGAGCAUAUUCCAUUCUUGUAAAUAUAAUUUUUUU